UGGCGUCCGCUCGGAAGGCGGAAAAGCGGUGAGGUGUAGACCUCUGCGCCUGCCCCGUCUGCUGACGGGGUGGCUUCUGGCCUCCCGGGCCCGGCCCCCUCCGGUCCGCGGGCCAUGGCGUCGGAGGGGCCGCGGGAGCCUGCAGGCGAGAGCAUCAAGUUGUCAGCAGAUGUCAAGCCGUUUAUCCCCAGAUUUGCUGGGCUCAGUGUGGCAUGGUUAGAGUCUUCAGAAUCUGGCGUGUUCCCUAGCUGUGCAACCGCUUACUACCCUUGUGUUCAGGAACUACCAGUGCCUGAGCAGAAACUCUAUCCUGAAGAUAUGGCCUUUGGAGCUUCAACAUUUCCACCUCAGUAUUUAACUUCCGAGAUGGCUCUUCAUCCGUACACGUAUUCUCCUUACACCGUGGAGUCAACACAAAAUGUUUGCCCAGUACCUAGUUCACAGCAUGAUUACAACCAACCCAGUUGUUACCGAAGUUUUCAGAAGAUGAAGCCGCGGUAUGAGCACAUGUGCCCUCUCCCACAAGACACGAAAGCUCUGAUUAAGAAAAAAACGUAUGAUGAGCAAAAAUUUGACACUAAGAAGGCUGAUGGAACUAUAUCAUCUGAUACAAAAUCAAUAAAAGGUUCGCAUCAUAUGUCCAUUCAUGCUGGCACUAAUUUGAAAUCAGAUGGUUAUCAUAAACGAACAGAUAGGAAAUCCAGAAUCCUUGAAAAAAGUGGACCUGCCUCCAAACCUGAGUUUCAAUUUUCGAGGUUGGAUUUUCCUGAACUACAGGGUGCAGAGAACAAUGAGAUAUUACAGAUACCGAAACAACCCAAGUGGGGGCCAUUGCGCUCCACCUCUGCAGACACUUCUCUUAUAAGAGAAGUGGUGAAACCCACUGCAGUGUUAGCAGAGGGUGAAAUAGUGGUGAAAAAUAAUAAGCCAACUGACUCUGUAACUGAUAAUGCUACUACCAAUCCCUCUUCAUGUACAAGAGAGUUAUCCUGGACGCCAAUGGGUUAUGUUGUCCGGCAGACAUUACCUACAGAACCGUCACCAGCCCCUAGAAAUGUUACUUCCGUGAUAAACCUAAAGAUGGUUGCUUCAUCAGCAGAUCCUAAAAAUGGUAGCAUAUCAACUUCUCAAGUUUUAUCUUCGGAUCCUUCCUACAACAGAGAGAAACUCGUUGUCCAUCCUACUAAAAAGUCCAAAGUAUCACAAGGUGGUGAGCCUGAGCAAAAUGAAGCCUCAAGAAAAAAUAAGAAAAAGGAAGAAAAGUCAAAAUCAAAAUAUGAAGUCCUGACAGUUCAAGAGCCGCCGAGAAUUGAAGAUACGGAGGAGUUCCCCAAUCUGGCAGUGGCAUCUGAAAGAAGAGACAGAGUAGAGUCACCGAAAUUUCAAUCUAAACAGCAGCCACAGAAUACUUUUAAAAGUAGUGGAAAGAAGAGCCAAAUUCCAGUACAGUUGGAUUUGGGGGGAAUGCUGACAGCACUGGAAAAGAAACAGCACUCCCAGAACACAAAGCAGUCCUCCAAACCAGUGGUGUUCUCAGUCGGGGCAGUGCCCGUCCUCUCCAAAGAGGCCACAUCGGGGAAGAAGUGCCACCACUCCAGCCAAGUGAAGACCCCGCACAACCCCUUGGACUCCAGCGCCCCUCUGGUAAAGAAGGGGAAGCAGAGGGAGGUCCCCAAGGCCAAGAAGCCGACCUCAUUGAAGAAGAUUAUUUUGAAAGAACGGCAGGAGAGAAAGCAGCAGCGUCUCCAAGAAAAUGCUGAGAGCCCAGCUUUUGCCAGUGAUGAUGUGCAAGAUACAGAGAGCGGUGGUGAGGACCUGGCCCUCGAGCAGGCUGAGCCCUUAGCUCUAGGGGAACCAGAAGUGUCCGUGUGUUCUGCUCCUGUGGUGAUGAGCAAGUCAGAAGAGCCACUGGGAGCUGAGAUCCAUGAGGAGGAGGAGACCUCCCACCUGGUCCCCAACACCACCAGCUGCCCCAAGAUCCACAGCCGGAGAUUCAGGGAUUACUGCAGCCAGGUGCUCAGUAAAGAAGUUGACGCCUGUGUUACGGAUCUGCUGAAAGAGCUGGUCCGUUUCCAAGACCGCAUGUACCAGAAAGAUCCCGUCAAGGCCAAGGCCAAACGGCGGCUUGUGCUGGGGCUGAGGGAGGUGCUGAAACACCUGAGGCUCCGAAAGCUGAAGUGCGUCAUCAUCUCUCCCAACUGUGAGAAGAUACAGUCGAAAGGUGGGCUGGACGACACCCUGCACACCAUCAUCGAUUACGCUUGCAUCCAGAACAUUCCCUUCGUGUUCGCUCUCAACCGCAAAGCUCUGGGGCGCAGUCUGAACAAGGCAGUUCCUGUCAGCGUGGUGGGGAUCUUCAGCUACGACGGGGCCCAGGACCAGUUCCACAAGAUGGUCGAGCUGACAGUGGCAGCACGGCAGGCGUACAAGACCAUGCUGGAGAACACGCGCCAGGAGCUGGCGGGAGACCCCAGGCCCCAGGCCCCUGGCGGGCCGCCAGCACAGGGCCCCAGCUGCUCUGCAGGAGAUGGCUCCCUGGCUCCUGCCAGGGCAGAAGAGCCACCCUACAUUGAAAUCUGGAGAAAACAUCUGGAAGCGUACAGUCAGUAUGCCCUGGAGCUAGAAGAAUCGCUGGAGGCUUCAACCUCUCAGAUGAUGAACCUGAAUUUAUAAGAAGAGCUCUUUUGUGUAUUUGUAUGUUUAGGGUAAGGAGGCGGAGGUGUGAAAGACUUUGGGGCCCCCUUAGUUCUUCAUUGUUGACCUAAUGUCUGUAAUGCCAUUUAACUGGGAAGUCACCCCCUGUGAAGGGCACAGGAAACAAGCCUUUGUGGCAGCCAAAGCUGUGAGUCCCAUGAAUGGGCACUUGGGCAUGCUGAUGGAACCUUUUGUAAAAGCCUUCAGACACAGCGUUGGCCCUUUGAACACACUGUGAGUUUGGAAAACACUGGAAAAUGUACUCCGAGUCCCUAGCACCUGAGGAAGCAUCCUGCCCGUUGCAGAAGAGCUGAACCACAUUAGUUAAUUAGCAGAAAACGGGUGAUAUGGCUGAGUUCUCUUGUCCCGGUGACCCAGACCAGCCCUACACAGAGCCAGUGUCAGUCAGAGCAGGAGGAAGGCGGGGAGGGCCCCUUCUCAGGACAUGGCCUUUCAGCCAAAAGAUGUGGGGGUUACUUAGAGAGUUUGCUAAAAUGAGCAGAAAUGAUCUUUGACCUUUUAGUCUUUAUUUUCCAAGGAAACAAUGUAUAUUAAAGUUACUAAAUUUCAGUUUUGAUGAUCUACAAAUCUUUUCUUUCUUUUGUGAAUGAAUGUAUUCUAAAUGGUUUCUAUAUGGAAGUAUGGAGGGUAGUUUACUUUUGUGCUUCCCUAUAAGUAAGAUGUGUAUUUAUUUUUAAUAAAGAUGAUUUAAUUUAUCUGGA